UCAAUACGUCUUCAUCAGAUAUAAUGGGACUCUUACGCUUCAUGUCAGCCGCCAGCCUAAGAUUGAGAAUAAGAGGCAUCGGAGAGAAGGAAAUUAUGUCUUUUUAAGAAAAGGGGCGACACCGGAUUUAGGGAACCAUACAGUUGAUAUCAAUGUAACCAUCCUAGUAGGCAGAUUGCGAGAGAAAAAUGGAUCAAUAAGCCUUAGGGCAUUUCCGAAUGAAACGUCAAAUUGUUUAAAGAAAAACAGACAACAAAUAAGCAAUGGUUCCUAUGAGGUGUAUGAUACAUCACAGGUCAUUAAAGAAAGUCUGGAAAAACAAACAAAAGGUUUGACAGAGUGUAAAGCCACGGGAAAGCUUUGUACUUUGGGAUACAGUUGUGCAGUGUCCCCUAAGGACAACUACACUGGGGAGUGUGUGCAUCAAUGUGACCUUGAAAGUAAACCCUGUAACGACAAGGGGUAUUGCUUUUUUGACAUCGUUCUCAACCAAACAGCUUGUAGGUGUGAGAAGAGUCUGUUGACGAUGUACUACGGACCACAGUGUGAGGAGAGAACAGGGACGAUGGAGUUCGUGGUUGGUCUGUCUGUUGGUGGUGGAGGAUUCCUUUUGCUUGUCAUCAUACUUAUCAUCUGUUGUAGGCGAUCCUCUAACAAUGAACGAGACAAAAAACUUGGAGUCACUAGCAAAGAGGAAGAAUUCUCUACAAGAAAGCUAGAUAUGAGAGACUUUACCUCUGGUCUACAGUUAAAAGAAGAUUCAAAGAGAUUGUAUCGAUACGACAAUACUCCAGGAGCAGCUAAUAGGGCCUAUGAACUUCUCUGGAAUCAAAGUCCUAGGGUUCCAGAGUUAGAGAUGUACCCACCGCUGUAUAAAUCACAACACUCCCACAGACUGUACGGUGAAGAACGAGUAUCAAUGACUAGCAUUGAUUCAACUAGAAACUUUUCCAUCAAAAGGCCACAUAUUUACAGUGAACCGAUGGAGAAUUUUGAAAGUCCUUAUGUCAGCAGGGAGUCGUAUCUCUACAAAUCACAGACGGGAAUAAGACCAGCAUCACCCACGUAUACCACGACUGAAAACAGAACUCCAUUCUGAAAUUGAGAAUACGGAACUGCAUUCUAAAAGUCUAGAAAGGGAUUUUUGAGAAAAAUAUUGUUUGUUCCAUAUCAUAACUCGAAUUUCAUUUCAUGUGUUUAGCUGUUAAUGACAUAAUAAACACUCGUUUCUUACUCUGUUAAAUGAGUGAA